AUGAUGCGAGAUUCUCGUCGGCGGAGCCCGACCGAGAGCUCCCGGCGACGGAGAAAAGAGCGUCGCAACUCGCGCGACAAGAUCGAGCUCGUCUCCGCCCCUAGCGCCAGCGAGAGCGCGACCCGAAGCAUGGAGAUGCCAGGGCCCAUGCCUGGUAGCAUGCCAGAGGACCCCGCGCCCCGGGUGACCGAGACAUCGCGCGCGCCGCCCGAGACGUCGUCUUCGCGAUCCCACCCACAGCUGCCGUCGCAGUCGCAGUCGCAGUCGCAGUACCAGUACAAUCGCCAGUAUCACGACCAGGCCCAGACACCACAGCCUCAGUACCAGUCUGCCUACCAACAGCCGCUGCCGCAACAGUCUCCGUACCAGCAACAACAACAACAACAACAACAACCACAGACCUACCAGCCUCAGCAGUCGUCGUUCCAGCAAUACCCCCAGCAGUACCAGCAGUAUCCGCAAAAUCAGUAUUCUCAACAGCACCAGUCGCCUUCUCAAUACCCCGCGCAUCCACAAGCGCCUUACUAUGGCGAACCCGUGCAUUCGUAUCCCAAUGGACGUGCCCGAAACUCGGACAGCUCCUCCGACACAUCGUCCUCGCUGCUCAACGUCUCACGCCGGAGCCCAAAGCACGCCAAGGCAGGCAGCGUCUUCACCACCUUCUUCCGCAGCCCUUCCGAGCAGCGCCACCGCCGUCGCCAGAAGAAGAAGAACACGCGCUUCAUGUCCUUCGGCGCCAACUCAUCGUCCUCUUCCCUCGACUCGGACCUCGCCUAUGGACGUGGAUACAUCCCUCGCGAGGGCGGCAGCCUGGCGAGCGGCAGCCGUCGCGUGAGCCCUGGCCCCAACGGAAAGGGAAGCCAGUACAGCCAGAGCACUCGUCGAACACCCAUCGCCGAGCUGCACCGCCCUCCUCUCUCUGUUCGUGGUGGCAAAGCCGAACAGGCCAAGACAGACGAGGAGAUCCUCGCCAUCGGCCGCCAGCUCUCUGAUAUUGCGCGCAAGCAGAACGAGGCUGAUCUACGUGCUUCCGGCAAGGUGCGCCCUUCCACGUUGGUCGGCGCCGCCGCCGCUCUGAGUGCUUUCAGUCGUUCGAGGACCAAGGAUAGCUCCAAACGGGGCAUCGGCAGCUCCCGGCCUGGGCGUGACGACGAGGACUCUGACUGGGAGUCUGCGUCUGACGACGAUGACUCCUCGUCAAGCGACGAUGCUGACCCUGGACUCGUCUACGGCUCGACCGCCAACCUGCCUAGCUCACUGGGGGCACCAGCCAGUCAAGCAGCGCAUGAUGGGAACCGGAACCAUGCUGUGGACCCCAGCCUUUUUGGACCUUACAACUCCCUCCGGGGCUCAGUGACGCCGAUCCCGUUUGCGCAGCCCUCUCAUGUCUACAACUCUCCGCGCCACCAGUCCGAGGAGCCAAAGGCCGAUACCCCUUCGUCGUCGUCAAGGAUCGGCAAGCAGCCCAUGCAGCAUGUCUAUGCUAUCCCAACCUCGGAUCCGAACAACUUCGAUAUUGACCGCGGAUCGAUCAUCUCCUCUCGGCACACAGCAUCCCAGUCCUCACGCCCCCCUCCCGUGCCGCUGCAGCAGCCCAUCCCCGUGGCCCCCGUCUCGUCCAAAGUCUAUGCAACCGAGAAGCUCGCGGAUGAGGACCGCCGCAGGGAACUCCGCGGCGAACGUAGGCACACCGACGGUGGCAGCCUCGCCGGUGCCGCCGUUGCUGGCGUUGCGGCUGCGGCUAUAGGCGCAGCGGUGGCCUCGAGCCGGAAGGACUCUCGCGAUGUUCGCGACAGUCGCGACGUCCGAGACCCUCGUGACCCUCGCGAUCAUCGAGACUCGCGUGACUCUCGCGGCGCCCGCGACUCGCGUGACUCUCGCGGCGCCCGCGACUCGCGCGACUAUCGUGAUUAUCCGCGUGAAGAUCGGCACCAGGAGCGUCGCUCAGGCCGGACCGACUACCCGGAAAAGACGGAGCGUGAUGAUUACGCUCGCGCCGAUAAGGACAGCCGUCGCCGUUCCCACCGGGACAGCAAUGUCAAGGUAAUCGACGAGCGGGACCAGACGUCUUCUCGACGGGAAAAGGACCCUUCGUACGACUCACAGCUCACGAGAAGACACACCGCCCCCGUUGACCAACGUGACAAAUCCUAUAAGCUGCCGAAAGGAGACGAAAUCCGGGUUGAGCUUGAUCAAGAGAAAGACCCUCGCCACCAGGACGAGCUUCGUCGAGCUCGGCGUGAAGAGGCUCCGGCUGCCACCAAGGAGGAGCGACGCAGGUCGAGACCUGAGCAACAACCGGUAGAACUGCCCCCAGAGAACCAGCGAACUGCCUUGACCGAAACCCCCGCCUCACGAGCUCCUAUUGACCCUUUCCAGUUUCAGGUUGCCGACGAUGCCUUCGCGACGCCCAAGCACGCGACACCCACAAGGCCCUUGACACCCCAGGUCUUUACCAUUGACCGCGAACCCGAUUUUGGCGACUCCAAGCCCCGGAGCGGUCCGUCCGAGGACACGAGGCUGAGCCGAAAGGACUCGUUCGAGAUUGAGCAGCGCAUGGAGCUCGAUCGCAAGGGAUCUCGCUCUCGAUCCAGGACUCCGGAACCCCGACGCCGCCACGCCUACGAAGAGGAGGAGCAUGCCGCUAGGUCCAUUUACGAGGAGGCCAAGCAUGCGACGGCGCCUGUUGCCGUUGCCGCCUUUGCCUCGGCCAUCGCCAUCGAGCAGCAGCGCUCUCGCGAGCGACAUCGUGACGAUUACGACGAUGACGGAUCGCGCCGGCGGACGGGGGCCGACCGAGAUGUCGUUCAGGAGGAGGCUGACCGCUACUACCGCGAAUCUGUCAUAGCCCGCAAGAUUGCCGAAGAUGACCUUCGAUCGCGCAGCGCAUCCCCCCACGACAAGUCUAUCGUCGACAAGUGGCAGGAAGACAAAGAGCCAGCUACCAAGGAGAUUGCCAUCGUCACGCCGCCUGAGAUGGACCACCCUCACGACAAGAGUCCUUACGACGCCCCAAACGCCGAUGUCCGCAUCGACCAUGUCAUCAAGCCCAAUGAGCUUUCACGGUUCCGUGUGCCAGCUGACGAACUGUACGUCGACACAGCAACUGUCUGGAAGUCCCGCGAUCCGUCUUGCGAGCGAGAUCGCCCCUUGCUCAACCUCGUUCUCCCCACACCUCAUGUCACGCCAAGUCCCACCCCGAAUCCCGAGACGCAGAGUAGGGCCGCCCCGAGAGAGGCUGAUAAGCAGCAAAGUCAGUCUAGUGAGACAAGGUCUACGCCGCCGGACAUCAUUAUCGGACCUCGCGGAGAGAUCAUCCAGACACCAUCUACUCCAAAAUCUGUCACCUGGGGUGAGAACGAAACCAAACGCUUCGAGGUUGAGAGCCCUGAGCCGCCUGAGAAAAAAGGGGGCUCCCGCAUCAGCACCACCACUGGCUGGGGGGUUGUUGCCGCGGCUGUCGCCGGCAGCGUGGCAGCGAGUUCCGACGGAAAACCCUCGAGGAACGGCGACGACAGAGGCCGCGGCUGGGAUGACCCGUCUCGAUCACGAACGUACGAGGUCGUCGAUGCGCGACCUUCCUGGGAUGAUGCCGAUGCCCCUCCCAUCCCUGGACCUAAGCCCCGCAGCCCCAGUCCUAGCGGGCGUAAUCCGACUAUGCCGGGUGGCUUUGGCGACGAUGCGGAAUUCACCAGCAUCAUGGCCGCUGGUCUUCAAGAUUCUGGAUUUGACCCAAAGAUUGUCACUCAGAACCCUGCCUACAGCAGGAGGAGCUGGGAUGAUACAUCCAAGCCGAGGUCCGACGUCGGAACCAAGGGCCAAUCCUCUUGGGACGACAAGGACGCUUCCUGGGUCCCUGAGACGAAGAAGACGCGUAGUUCCAGUACCGGUCCGCGACGGGCUCGUGCUUCUGGUGGCUAUGGCGACGAUGUCGAAUUUGCGUCCGUUUUGGCUGCAGGGCUGCAAGACACCGGCUUUGACCCGAACAUCGUCAUCGACGACCCCACCUACCGCAGGCGCGACAGCCCUCCCGGCUCUAACGAGCCCGGCUUGUAUCACAGGCCCUACGCGGAAACCGUGUCUGAUCUCGGUGUCGUGGCUGACGCGAUCCCCCGCGGCCCGCUCCCUGAAUCUGGCAUGGUCCUGGGUGAACUCACCGAGACCCCUGUCCAGGAGACCGCUCCAGCUGUUGACGGUUGGGAUACUCCCUCGAAGCUGUCGAAGAAAGACAAGAAGAAGCGUGACAAGGCUUCCAAGCGACAGAGCACGGACACCUUUGAUGAGCCUCUUCCUGCAGCCGAGCCAGCACCCGCUGAUGACCUUUCGCGUGACAUCGUUCCCGAAUCCAUCUCUGAACCUGUCGCAGACCAGGAGGACUUGUCCAAGCUCAGCAAGAAAGAACGGAAGAAGCGCGAGAAGGCUCUGGCUAAGGAAGUUGUCAUUGUCCAGGAUGACGUCCCCUCAACAGCUCUCGAGACCGACCUGCCGGCCGCCCAGCCUGCCGACGUGGCCGCUGAAGAUGAGUGGGCUGCGCCGUCAUCGUCAUCCAAGAAGAAGAAAAAGAAGGGAAAGAAGUCUACGGAUACGCCAGACGAGACGGAGGACCAGCGCGUGGCUGUUCCUGUUGACGCCUUUGAGGACUUGCAAUCAACUACGCGCGAGGCCGAGCCCGUGCUCGACGAGUUUGAUACACCCAAGAAGUCCAAGAAGAAGUCGAAGCGGGAUUCCCUCAUAUAUGACUCGCCUUCCGGGGCCGUCUCUGAGGUCUCUGUCGGUGGCACUCGGACCAAGAAGUACCACAAGCGCGACUCUACGGUCUACGACUCGCCGUCGGGGGCCGUGUCCGAAGUUUCCGUCGGUGGAACACGCAGCAAGCGAUCUUCCAGGCAGGACUCGCUCUACGACUCUCCCUCCGCGGCGGUCUCUGAGGUCUCAGUCGGAGGUACCAGGAGCAAGAAGGACAAGCGCAAGAGCGCAGACUAUUCUCUCGCGGAUGAUUAUGCGGACGACAAGCCGGGCGACCCGCCGGAUCGAGGCGGCCGUUCAUUCAUAGACGAUCGCGACGUCACCUCUGUCGUGUCCGACCCGGCCUCCAAGUACGAUCGCCACGAACGGCGAUCCAACGGGACCCGGUACGACGAUGGCGAUGAUACAAGGUCGAUUGCUUCAUUCGCGUCAGCGCCCGACGGCCGUAAACGGAGCAGCAAAGACGGCAAGCGCAAGGAGCCCGAGAAGAAGAGCAGCGGGUUCUUCGGCCUCUUCAACCGCAGCAGCACAGAGGUGAAUAAGAAAUCUGACAGUCGUAAAGACGAGCAGUCUUUUUUAGAUAAUGCCGGCACCCUUGGCGCGGGUGUCGGCUUGGCGGGCGCGGCGGCUUAUGCCGCGUCCCGCCGGAAUGCUGCCGGUGCUUUCUCUUCGGAGGACGUUGAACCCAAAGACCGACCGACCGGGUCUGCAUCUAGAGAUGUUGACUAUGUGGAUCCCGAGAUUGUUCACCGGACCAUCAAGCCUGCCAUCGAUCCCCAGUACGGCGAUCUGCUACCUCUGCCGCCGAGCGAGCCCGGCUCGCCCAGGAAGGAUGAGUCAGAUGAGGAGCUCCCUGCGCUGCCAGACAGCCGACCGGAGACGCCUCCCGAGGAGCGCAACAAGUUGCGUCAAAAGCCGUCGCACACCCGCAGGAGAAGCGCCGUGGACACGCCCAGCAAGAGCCCCAGCCGCACCGCCAUUCCUAUUCAGCUGCGACUGGGCCAGCGGUCCAACCCGUCUUCUCCGGCAUACCACAAAUCAUCGCCCGUCGCCUCUCCCAUUGCCGCGCCCGUGCCUGAGCCUACUACACCCAGGAGGCCGACUUCGUGGGACAACAGCCGUGAGAUUAAGCCACUCUAUCUUCUUGAGCAUGCGCGCCAGGGCCAGAUGGACCCUGAGGUUGACCUACCCGAGCUGCCGCCCAGCGAGGCAUCGUCGCGCGAAUCACCCUCGCCGUUCGCUCAAACCGAUGACGAUCUCGCCGCAUGGGACGUGUUGUAUCCCGAGGAGCAUGGCCUGCGACUUGACACUGAUAUCCCUGAAGCUUUGCUCAAGGACCGCGCAGGAUCCCAGGAAUCAACCCCCAAAGCUACAAGGCGCGAGCUCGAUGCCGACGCCAUCUAUCCUCUGGCCCUCGAUGACGCGCCCCUCCCUUCUUCGCAAGCAAAAUCUCUUGACUCGAUGGUCUCUCAGGAUGAUCUCAUCGACCUCCCUCCUCUACCCAGUCACCCUAGUGGUCCAGAUUCCGAACAGGAACCGGGCCCUGUCGAGCCAAUGUCGAAGGACCGGAGCUCGUAUCUCCUUCACUCGACGCCCCCGUCUCUCCGCGACAUUGCUGAGCGGGACUGGUCGAGGACAUCUCCUGACCAGUCACCGAGCCGAGAUGCCGCGGUGGACGUUCAGGACGGCGAGAAGAAGAGGAGUUCUGGUCUCUGGGGUGCGGCUGCUGGCGUUGCCGCCGGCGGACUUGCCGCGCUGGGGCUCUUCGGUUCUUCUGACAAGAAGGCCGAAACCCCUGCGACAGAGGACGACAGGAAGGACGAGACGGCCGAAGCCCAGGACGAGUGGGCCUCGACUCCGUCAAAGAAGAAGAAGGGCAAGAAGGGCAAGAAAGCAAAGGAGGAGGUCGCUGAAGAUGUGUUCACGCCUGUGCCUGAGGACCUUUCCACUCCAGUCCCGGAGGUCCUUUCUGCUCCUGUUCCUGAGCCGGACAUCGUCCCCGCGCAAUCUGCCGAUGACGUCGGUGAGACUAAGGCCUCGAAGAAAUCGAAGAAGAAGGGCAAGAAGAAUGCAUCCGCGGAACCCGAACCCGAAAGCGCGGCUCCUUUGGAGACCGUAGAGGAGACCCCCCGUGCUGUUCCGGAAGAGCUGCCCAAUUCUGAACCUCCUGUGGAAGACGUGGUUGCGAUCGACGUGUCGGACGCAAUUGCUGAGGCUGCCGCUCCGGCCGCGGAAAAUGUCCUCGACGAGCCCAAAUCUGCCAAGAAGAAGAAGAAGAAGGGCAAGAAGUCGCAAGCGCUGGACUCUGAGCUCCAAGCACCGACAGAAGUCGUGGAUGAGAGCUCUAGAACCAUCUUGGACUUGGACGACGCCCCUGCAGCAGAGAUCCCCGCCGCUGAGACGAUUCCUGCUGAACCUCCUCUUGGAAACGCUGCCGUUGCCGAAGUUGUGCCGGAAGCCGCCAUCACUGAAGCCAUCAUUCCAGUUGGCGAGGAACUUGUCGAAGAGCCAAAAUCUUCCAAGAAGAGCAAGAAAAAGUCGAAGAAGGCGCAGACACCAGAACCGGAGCCCACUGUCGAAACCGCAGUGGUUGAUGACGCUCCCGAGCCGACCCCAGAUGAAUCCAUCGCUGCUGAUCCUCUUGCUGCCAACGUCGUUCCCGACGCGGCCCCUCAGACUGCCGACGACACAUUCGAAGAGCCCAAAUCCACCAAGAAGGGUAAGAAGAAGGGCAAAAAGGCGCAAAUCUUGGAGCCUGAGCCAGAACAGCCCAUCGAAGACAACAUCAAAGCCGUUUCCGAUGAGACCCCACUUGAUGGAUUUGUUGAGUCCACGGCUCAGCCUGUUCUCGAGAUGCAGCCUGAGCCAACUUCUACUGCGGAGAUUGCACCUGAUACUUCUGCUCCGCCUCCUGAGGACAGCUUCGAGGAGCCCAAACCCACAAAGAAGAGCAAGAAGAAGGGCAAGAAAUCACAGUCUUCGUCAUGGGAUGUUGAUGAGCCGCAAGCCGCAGCCGCGGAGGAGAUUUCCAAGGCCUUGCCUGACGAGCCCCUCGCCGGAAUUGUCGAGACACCCGAGGAGCCAGUCACCCCGGCGCCAGAAGACGCCCCCGAGGAACCGAAGUCUUCCAAGAAGAGCAAGAAGAAAGGCAAGAAGGGCUUAUCGCUGGAUGCUGACUUGCCUGUCGAGCCGGUGGAGGAUAUCUCACAAGCCUCUUCCCAAGAUGCUGUUGCUGGUGAGCCUUUCACUGACGAUGCCUUGACUGAGCCAUCUACACCCUUGGCUGGCGAUGCCCUCGAAGAGACCAAGUCAUCCAAGAAAAGCAAAAAGAAGGACAAGAAAACGCCCACCUGGGAUGAUGACUGGGCUGCCGACGCAGGGGAACAGAGCACCGUUAAAGCACCUGCGGAGGAGAUUUCUGCCGAGGCACCCAUUGCCACCGAUGUUGUACCCGAAGUUCCUGCCGUUGAGGCUAUUGGAGGCGCCCCCGCUCCAGCGAAGCUGUCAAAGAAGGACAAGAAAAAGGCUAAGAAGAACCAAGGUGCAGAUCUAGACUGGGCGGAAGCAACAGACGACUCUAUUGUCAAAGCCGAGGAACCCGUGGUUGAGGAUUCGAUCACUGCGGCUGCCUUGCCCGAGGUGUCUGUUGCUGAGCCCAUAGAGGAGCCCCCUGAACCUGCGAAGCUGUCCAAGAAGGACAAGAAGAAGGCCAAGAAGAACCAAUCUUGGGAAUCUGACUGGACAGCGGAUACGCCACAGGAGAGCACUGCGACGGCAACCGAUGUUGAAGCCCCCGUGGUGCAGAUUGAAGGAGAGACCCCCGACCUUGGGCUUGAGACUCCACUUGACAGCACGACCGCAUUUGACGAGCCAGACGCUGGCUCGAAGAAGGGCAAGAAGAAGAAGAAGGGGAAGAAGGCAACAUCUCUGGAUGAAGAGGCCACUUCGGCAGUCCUUACCGAGCCCGUUCCCGAGGCUAUCCUCGCGGACGAGCCCGCCAACCAAGACGACAAUGUUUCUACCGGCUCAAUCACCCCCACGGGCCUCUCCGCAUCGUACAAGCAAGACGAGGCGAUGCUAGCUUGGGAAGAUGCCCUCGACGACCACUCUGCCAUCAAAUCUCCGCCUCAAGCCGCCCAAGGCCUCGGCAAUGAGCUACGACAAGCCGACGAUCCUGCCCCCGACGACGCUUCCGACAUCUUCUUUGACGCCGAGGACGAAGCGAGAGCGCUGUCCAGAGCUGCGACACCCGCCAACGCCGACUUCAAUGCCCAGGCCAUGCUGAACGAGACGACACCGGAGGCCAAGCCGCCUGCUCCGGACCCAUGGGCCGACGAAACAUUUUUUCUACCCCCAAAGAAGAGCAAGAUCAAGGGUAAGAAAAAGACGUCCCUCCGCGAGGCCGCCCCCCCAGCCGAGGCCGAGCCGAGUGCUUCCACCGAAGCGCCGCCUGUUGAAGACCCCCCUUUGGCCGCCUUUGGUAGCCAGCCACUGCCAGAGAGCCAGGCUGAUGCGGAUGCGCUUCAACAGAACCCUCCUUUUACGGAUGAGCCCCAACUUGGAGACGUGCCCGUUGCCACGGAUGAAACGACCAACGAAGGAGACUGGGGCUCCACGGCGAUCACGAAGCAGAGCAAGAAGCAAAAGAAAAAGGGCAAGAAGGGAUCUGUUUCGGAGCUGGGCCAGGGCAACAACCAAGACGACGCCUCGCGGGAUCUUGCAUCUUCUAUCACUAUGGGCGGGGACGACAGCCCGCUUCCUGUACCUGAGUCACCAGUUGACCAUGUUGAAUUGACACCUACGGUUUCUACUGCAGACAAGACCAAGAAGAACAAGAAAAAGGCGCGCAAGUCGGUCACGUUUGACCUGGACACGGGCAAGACUUCUGAUGCCGUUGGGCCGGUCGUGACAGGCGACCAAGAUGGUCAGGACCAGGAUAUGCUGUCCUCCAGCGGCGGCGGCGGCGGCGGCGACGACAAUGUGAGCUCGGGCCCGGCCGUUGGCGGAAUUAGUGGCAUCGCCGAGGCGACCCUCCCCGAGACUAGUACCGAGUGGUCCGCGGGCGUGGGCGCCGAUUCUGGCUCAGCCGAUAACGGCGGUGAACAUGAGCGGCAGCAGCGCGAGGUUUUGCCCCUGCACGCAAUAACAGAUGCAACAGGCGGUGAGGCUGGCGCAGCGGGUAAAGAGCUCAGCUCCACGGACCAGGCCGCAGCCACUGACAGGGCGGCGGACCUGGCGGGAGAUCUGGCCCCGUCCCGCCCCUUCGCAGACGACAAUUGUCUUCUUCAUGCAGAUGACGCGCCGCUGUCCGGGGAGGCAAGUGGCCCAACCUCCAAUGACGACAAAUCAACAGGGGACACGCGAGGCACGGAUGCCCAAACGGUGGAUCCAGCCCUCACCGACUCGACCCUGGAGGUUGGUGCCCCACAGGAGCUCCCGGGGCCGGUCUUGGCGCUCGACAAUACUACUCCCGACGAACCCCAGGUCGUGAGCUCCCAUGUUGCUCCCGAGGCAGAAGUCACUUUCGUGACAGAAAAUUCAGCUACCCUUCCAGAAGGUGAUGACAUGGCCGUGCCGACGAUUGUGAAGCCCGACGACGAGUGGGCUGAGACGCCGUCCUCCAAGAAGAAGGCCAAGAAGGGCAAGAAGAAGGCGGCUGCUGCUUCUUCCGCCUGGGGCGAUGAGUCCGAAUCUGCCCAGCAACAACCAGAAGAAGUCAAGAGCAUCGACGAUUUUUCAGUGUCAACACCUUCACAAGAUGAGCCUGUCUCAUUACCACAACCCGCAGAGCCUGAGGGCCCGGCACUCGAUGACCCUGUCACUGCUCCCACACCAGCAGCUGAUGAUGAUGAGUGGGCUCUGCCAGCGUCCGGGAAGAAGAGCAAAAAGAACAAGAAGAAGAAGGGAUCCGCCAUAACCUCGGACGAGCCGGUGCCGGAGCCGGAGACACCAACACAAACGACUGAAGAAUCGCUUUCGCUCAACCAAUCUUCACCACAGGUCGAGCCUCAACCCCCCACAGCGCCAGAACUCGCCGAGCCUCUCGAGAAUGUUGAACCUGUCCUUGCGGCUGAGGCUGUCGAGGACGAGUGGGCGGCAUCGACGUCUGGGAAGAAGGCGAAGAAGUCCAAGAAGAAGAAGACACUCGCCGUGGAGGAGCCUGAACCCGAGGCUGCAGUUGCACCUGAGCUCGCUCCCCAACCCGAAGCUGAGCGCUCAGUCGAGGAUAUGCAAACUCUUGCUCCUCAAUUGGAACCUUCUUCAGACCUGGUCAAGCGUGCACCUGUGCCAGAGGCUGCUGAUGACGAAUGGGCGUCGCAGCCUGUCGGGAAGAAGGGCAAGAAAAACAAGAAGAAGAAGGAAUCCGCAUCUGCUUCUGACGAACCUACCGCUGAGCCUGCUGCUAGCGAAGUGGUUGACGACAUCCUCGCCAGCGAUUCGGCCGCGCCUGAAAAAACCGUCGACGAGUCUACUGUAGAGGGCCCGUUGCCUGCGACCGAAGCUGUCCCCGUAGCGACUGCGCCAGCCUCUUCUGAGCUAGUAGAGGCUGCCGAGGAUGAGUGGGCCUCACAGCCUGCCGGUAAGAAGAGUAAGAAGGACAAGAAGAAGAAGAAGCAGUCUGCCCUUCAGCCUGACGAUCCGACGCCAGAGGCUGCCGCCGAGGCGUUCGAGGCUGCUGCAGCCGAUCCUCCCGUUGAGACAGAGCCUGUCAAGAUUGAAAUUCCCAUCGAGGCCGAGCCGGCGAUUACGCAGGAUGCCGAAGUCGCGCCGUCUGUUGAUGACUCUGCCUUCGAGACUUCGGGAUCUAAGAAGUCGAAGAAAAACAAGAAAAAGCAGAGUCUUCUCGCGGCUACGCCGGACGAAACACCCGCAGUUCCCGAGUCACAACCUGAGUCGCCCACUGCCACUCCCACUGAAACUGCGCAGGAGCCGGCACAGACUGCUGAUGGCUGGGGCUUCGAAGCUCCCACAAAAAAGAGCAAGAAGGGCAAAAAGAAGCAAGCCGCAGCUCUCGAUGAUCUCGACAGCGCUCUACAGGAAGAUGUCAAGGUUGCUGACGCCGAACCCCCGGCGCUUGAUGAUGCUCCUACCCCUGAUCCUGCUUCUGACGAAAUCCCCUUGGGUGAAUCGACGACUCCUCUAGAUACCCUCUCACGGGACCUGGACACGAGCGCCCCUUUGACGACCUCUCCGAAUGAACCCAUUGAGGAGGUCACCGCGCCAAUCCCAGAAGAGGAGUUCCCAACGACCACGAAGAAAUCCAAGAAGGACAAGAAAAAGAAGAAGGAUCUCGUUGAAGAAUCUGUACCAGAGCCACCACCUGUGUUGGAGGAGCCGACUGUCAUGGAUGAAGUUGUGCCAACUCACCCGCCCCCGGAGGAUGACUCUUUUUUCGCGAGCACCAGCAAGAAGGACAAGAAGAAGAAGAAGGGCCUUCUGGCUGCUGCUGGUCUAGUGGCUGCGGCCGCCUCUAGUGUUGAAGCCUCCCCGCCUUCCAACGACGAUGAAAGCUCCCGCCAAGCGCCCGCCGAGGUACCCGACAACUCCCAAGCAACGACAGAUGUGCCACCAGCGGUCGAAGAGGUUUCCACCCCAGUUUUCGAUGAAGCGCAGCCGACAGAUAUCGUGCCCGAAUCCUUGGACCAGACCGCUGUUGCUGACGACGAGUUCCCUGUCGUCAGCAAAAAGCCUAAGAAGGACAAGAAGAAGAAAGGCAAGUCCGAGCCAGAGGCUGAGCUCGAACCGAAGGUCCAGGCCGAAUCCGAGUCCACUCAGCUCGCCACACUGAGUUGGGCGGAUGACAUCCCUGCUGAGCCUCCGCAAGAGCCUGAAGCCCAGCCAGAACCUUCUGCGGUUGAGCCGGAGGAGGAGCCUGCUCCUGUUGUUGGCAAGAAGUCUAAGAAGGACAAGAAGAAGAAGGGCAAAGGCAACGCUGGCUCGGAGCCUGCAUCUGAGGUCGCGACACCUGUCGAAGACCUCUCACCAUCUCUGGAGCUUCCACCUGUGACUGAGGACCCGGCUCCUGCUGAGGCAGCGCCGGUUGUGUUAGCCGACGCGGCGCCUACUGAUGAGUGGGCGGAGGAAACGUCUACGAAGAAGAAGUCCAAGAAAGACAAGAAGAAAAAGAAGGGCCUUCUUUCGGAUGACCUCGAAACCCCAUCUCCAGAUUCACUCGCCGCACCAACAGAAACCGUUGCCGAGCCUGCCGUUGAUCUUCCUACCGUAACGGAUGAUCUUGUCACUUCGGAGCCUGCUGUCAUCGAGACACCGGCUACAGAGACGCCGGUUGCUGAGACGCCGGUUGCUGAGACGCCUGUAGUUGAUGAAUGGGAAGAGCAAAUUUCCGUGUCCAAGAAGUCAAAGAAGAAGUCAAAGAAGAAUAAGCUUCAGGACGAUUCAGCUCUGGAAUCUGGUGCUGCGACGCCUGUUGAAGAAGUCAGCCAGGAUACCAAGGCUCUCGACUUGGCUACUACCGACGACAUUCCGCCCGAAUCCACCACCGUCGAGAUUCAAGAAGAACAUACCCUCACCCCCGACAAUUCCGCCACCGCCCCCGAAGAGCCCGCCGCAGAUGAUGAGUGGGGCGCAGCGCCGACAAAGAAGUCGAAGAAGGACAAGAAGAAGAAGCGAGCGAGCCAGAUCGAGCCAGAACCCCCCUUCAGCGCCGAUCGAGUGGAAGACCAGGAGUUGCAGCAAAGUCCUCAGGUACGGGAUAGUAGCCAGGAAUCACCUCUCGAUACGGCAGGCGCGAGCCCGCCUGUUGAUGAGGUUUUGCCUGUACCCGAUGUUGCCGUUGAGACGAGCGUUGCUCCUGUUGAGGAUGGCGUUGUCGAAACUGCUGCUGCUCCCGGGGCUGCGGACGAAUGGGCCGACUUUUCGACCUCCAAGAAGGGCAAGAAAAAGAACAAGAAGGGUAAGGGUGUCAUUGAGCCUGAGCCUGAGCUUGAGGUCAUUGCCGAGCCCGCUUCCGAGCCUGUUGUCGCGCCAGCUUCUGAGCCACUCGUUGAGACUGUCCCCCAAGUUGCCGAUCUCACCGAUUCUGCGGUCCCCCCUGUGGAUCCUGCUACGCCUGUGGAUCCUGCUGUUGAAGCUGUCGUGGAGCCUGUCGAUGAGUGGGCUGAGCCGGCAACGUCGAAGAAGAGCAAGAAGAACAAGAAGAAGGGCAAGGCUAUUACUGAGCCCGAACCCGAACUUACUCCGGAGACAAUUGCCGAGCCCGUCCAUGAGCCCGCUGUUGAGCCUACCAUCGAUCCUGUCACCGCGCCCAUCGACCUUAUAACUUCUGAUGUCCUGCCUGCUCAAGACGCUGCGCCUGUGGCUUCCGAACAACCGGCCAUUGAGCCAGUUGACGAGUGGGCGGAGCCCGCGACGACAAAGAAGAACAAGAAGAAUAAGAAGAAAGGCAAGGGCGUCGUUGAGGUCGAGCCUGAGCCUGAACCUGUUCUUCAGUCUGUCACCGAGCUUGCACCUGAGCCUGUCGCCGAGCUCAUAACUGAGCCUGUCGCCGAGCUCGCAACUGAGCCUGUCACCGAAUCUGUGUCUGAACCGGUAGGCACCAUUGCUACAGAUGCACCUGCUGCUACCGAAGAACCAUUGGUGGAGGCUUUUGAUGAAUGGGCCGAAGCCGCCACGUCAAAGAAGGGCAAAAAGAAUAAGAAGAAGGCCAAGGGUGUUGUUGAGACCGAGCCCAAGCUUGAGCCUGAAAUCAUCCUGGAGCCUGUUCCUGAGGUCCUCUCUAAGCCUACUCCCGAACCCGCCGCCGAUUCUCCUGCUGAGCCAGUCGAUCUUGUGACCGCCGAUGUCCCUGUUCCUUCCGAGGAGCCCAUCGCUGAGCCUGCUGAUGAAUGGGCUGAGCUCACGACAACAAAAAAGGGCAAGAAGAACAAGAAGAAGGGCAAAGGUUUAACCGUUGAGUCCCCUCUGGAGCCCGUUGUCGAGCCUGUGCCCGAAGACGCCGUGGAGCCUGUUACCGCGCCUGUCGUAGAGCCGGAAGCCGUCUCCGAGCCUGCUCCUGAGGUGCAAACGGCUAUUGAGACUGAGCUUGUUGCUCCUCUGGAUGAUGGCUCCCGCAACCUCGAUACACUGCCAGCGGAAUCGGGCUCACCCGCCGAGGGUCAGUCGUCUGCUGCCGUUGACGGCUGGGCUGAUUUCUCUUCUUCCAAGAAAAGCAAGAAGAACAAGAAAAAGACUAAGGCCACGGAUGAGCCCGCACCUGCUAUUGCGGAGGAGCUGCCCAGAGCGCAAGAUGAAAUUCGGGAAGCCACUGUGGAUGCCGCUGCCGACCCGAUCGUGGCGGCCGAACCUACCCCUCUUCUUGAGCAGGAGCCUGUUGUUGAUGAGUUCGCCGAUCUUGGUUCGAAAAAGAGCAAGAAGAACAAGAAAAAGGCCAAGAGCCUUGUCUCCGUAGAGCCCGAGAUAACGGCAGAGCUCCAAUCGGAGCCCGCUGACGACGCUGUCGAUUCGACUGCCAUUGAGCCAUCUUCUACCCUUUCAGAUCCAGCGACUGUACUUGAGGAUAUUCCUGUCAUUGAGUCGAGCAUGCCUCUCGACCAAGAUGCGAUCGCUGCCGCGGAUGAGUGGGCUGACUUUGGCACCAAGAAGAACAAGAAGGGCAAGAAGAGCAAAGGCGUUACUUUUGACGACGCCGAGCUCCCCCCCACGACCGACGUCACUGAGCCCUCUCGCGAUAUUGGCUCCGCCGAGCCUGGUCUUCCAGUGGAUGACAACUUGGCCGAAGCGACAGCCAUUCCUGAAGCCGAAGUUGAGCCCGUCACUGAGGCUGAGGUGCCCACAACUACGAAUGAUGAGUUGGCUGAUUCCGGCUCCAAGAACAGCAAGAAGAAGAAGAAGAAGGGCAAUUCUGUUGCUUUCGACGAACCAGAGACCACUGUCGAAACCGCUUCCGAGCCUGUCGUCACCCAGGAUGAGCUUGUCCUUCCUUCGGAACCUACUCCUAUCGAAACCCCGAUUUUGCCGCAAGAGGUCGAAGUCUCUACCGAGCAAGCAUCCCUUACCGAGCAAGCAUCCCUUACCGAGCAAGCAUCCCUUACCGAGCAAGCAUCUUCCGCACCUGUCGACGAAUGGAACGACUUUGGCAGCACCAAAAAGAGCAAGAAAAAGAAGAAGGGCAAGGGCAGUGUUCUUGACGGGCUUGAGCCUGCCACCAGUGCUCCUCUGGAAGCACCUUCGGAAGCUGCCAUUGACACUCAAGCCGUUCCUGAUUCCGUUGAGUCGACUGUCGCCGAAGACAUCACUGCAGAGCUUCUUGCUGUUAUUCCUGACGAAACGGAGGCUUCGACGCCCGUGGACGACUGGGCUGCUGGCAGCACUAAGAAAAGUAAGAAGGGCAAGAAGAAGGCCAAGGGUUCUGCUUUCGAUGAACCCGAGCCGCUUCUCGAACCUGUUGUUGAAGCAACACCCGACGUCAUCGUCGAGGCCCCGGUUGAGGUUGACCCUGUCCCAGCUGCUGAGCCGGAGGUUGCCAACCCCGUUGAUGAAUGGGCUGAGAGCAGCAACAAGAAAAGCAAGAAGGACAAGAAGAAGAAGCGUCAAAGCGCAGCCUGGGACGAUCCCGAACCUAGCACCCCCGCUUCAACUGAGAGCCCUGCUCAUCAAGAAGAGCCAGUCGUUGUUGACGCUCCUCGCGACCUCUCCAUUGAGGCGGAACACGUCACGGCAUCCAGCGAUCUGCCUGCUGCUCAAACCAAGGAGGUCCAGGAGGCUAUCCCUGCUUCCAGCGAACCUAGUGUCGAAGAAGUCGUCGACAAGACCAUCGAGGAGGUUGUGUCUUCACAAGAAACCCCGCAGUCUGUCGAAGAGCCUGCAGAAGACCCCGCAAAUGUCUCCUCUGUCAAAAAGUCCAAAAAGGACAAGAAAAAGAAGCGUGAUAGCCUCGCUCAGUUUGACGAUGCGCCACAGCCCGUCCAAGAAGACGCCGUGCCCACGCCCCAAGAAGAGCCCGUCUUUGAUACGGCAAUUAGCGAGGACCCAGCCGUCGUACCUGAAGUUGUCGAAGAACCCUUCGCCGACUCGUUCUCCAGCAAGAAGUCAAAGAAGGAUAAGAAGAAGGCCAAGAGGCAUUCUCUUAUGAUGGAUUCCGAGCCGGCCACCCCCGCCGAAAGCCCUAUGGCUAUCGAAGAAGCACCAACGACCUAUGCUGAGACGCCUAUCGUCGAGGAGCAGCAGGCCGAUAUCGCGGAGACGCCCGCUGCUGCUGAGGCUGAGCCUUCCAUUGUUGCUAAAGAUGUUAAGCCCAUCGAUCUUGAACUACCUGCAGUCGUCCCGGGGGCUGUCGAAGACAAAGCGAUCGAUCAGCCUCUCGAGCCGGUACAGGCUGUCGACGACGACGCUGACUGGGGUGUCUUUACCGUCCCCAGCAAGAAGUCUAAGAAGGGCAAGAAAGGGAAGGCCUCCGCCGAUACGUCAGAGCCUGUGUCACGAGCAUUGUCACCUUCUCGUGAAUUGGACUCUGCCGCCCUUUCUUCUGUGAUCGAAGGGCCUGAAGCUGUGCCCGAAUUUGUGCCAGAGAUCAGUGAGCCUGCAUUUGAAGAACCUGCACCACAGCCCGAGCCUGUCAUUGAUGACGAGUGGGCCUUGCCUACGAAGAAAAAGAAGGGCAAGAAAGCCAAAGCAGCCGCAGUCUUGGAUGUGGAUAGUCGAGAAACCAGCCUCCCAGUCGAGUCCCCUGCUCUCGAUGAAGUACCAUCCACUGCACCUGAAGUUGUCGACAUCACUGAAGCGACCGAGCAGGCCCCUGUACCAGUUGAGCCAGUUCUUGCCGAGCCAUCGGGUGAACCUGAGCCCGUGGCUGAAGAUGAGUGGGCUCUGCCUUCAUCCAAGAAGAAGAAGAAGGGCAAGAAGGGUCAGGCUGCCGAGACGGACGUUUCUGAGCCGGCCGAUGUCACUGCAGUCGAUGUGGCUACAAUCGAAACUCCGACUGCCACUAGAGAAGCUGACGUGGUUGAACCCAUCGCUCCGACUGCCACUACAGAAGCUGACGUGGUUGAGCCCAUCGAGCCCAGUUGCGACAGCCCGGCACCUGUUGAAGUCAUUCCUGCCGAGCCAUCGGGCGAGCCAGAGCCCGUGGUCGAAGACGAGUGGGCUGCCCCUUCAUCCAAGAAAAAGAAGAAGGGUAAGAAGGGCAAGACGGCUGCAUUUGAAGACGCGGAGCCUACUUCUCGUGCUCUGUCUCCCGUUCAGGACAUUGUUAUUCCGCCAAUGCCUGAGGUUGAGCAGACUGAACCCGCCACCGAUGCAAUUGUUGACUUGCCCGCGUUGGUGCCCGAGCCUGUCGUCGAGGACGAGUGGGCGCCGACGCCGAAGAAGAAGAAGGGCAAGAAAAACAAAGGCGCUGCCAGCUUUGACAGUCCCCAGCCCACGUCCCGCGCCAUGUCGCCUGUGCAAGACAUCAGCCUGCCAGCUCCAUCCGAGACUGAUAUACCUGUGAACACCCCGGCGGCCGAACCUGAGCCUAUUGUCGAGGCCCCGAUGGCUGAUGUUGAGCCCAUCGGCGAAGAUGAAUGGACGCCGCCGGCAUCCAAGAAGAAGAAGGGGAAGAAGGGAAAGGCUGCGGCAGUUUUCGACGUUUCGGAGCCUGUGUCUCGCGCCGUGUCCCCCACGCAUGCUGCGAGCUCCGACGCUUUCGAGAACGCCGAGGCUCGGAACGUGGAAACGAUCGCUUCGUCCGAGACUCCUGCACCCAUCGACGAGACUCUCGCACACGUCGAAUCAGCUCCCACGGAGGACGAAUGGGCGCUUCCCGCAACGACCAAGAAGGGCAAGAAGGGCAAGAAGAACAAGGCUGCUGCAAUUCUUGCUGAGGCUGAACCUCAACCAGAGCCCAUGUCGGCUGCCCCUGCAGAUGACGUGCAGGUCGACGAUGUCAUGGCCGAGCCCACACCCUUUGACUCAGCUCCUGGUCAGCCCGAGCCCGCUGACGACACUUGGGGCGCAACGCCCUCCAAGAAGUCGAAGAAGGACAAGAAGCGCGGCAAGGGCUUGUCAGCGUCCCGUGAGCUGUCGCCUGCCCGCGAGGAGCCCGUUCUCGAACGUACCGAAGAGCCUAUUUCUUCACCGCCAGCCACACCCAAGGCAGAAGACACAUGGGAUGCUCCCACUUCUUCGAAGAAGAACAAGAAAGGCAAGAAGGCUAACAAGCGCAUGCCGGUUGGCUUCGAGGAGUCGUCCCCCAGUGACAGCCAAACACCCACUGAAGCGCCUCGACGGAGUCCCUCGUCGUCGUCCUACUGGGGCGAGCUUGGUGCGGCUGCGAUUGUUGGCGCCACUGCCACUGCCGCUGUGGCCGCCCUCACUGGCAAAGAAGAAGGCGACCCACGCGACAUCGAGCCGGUCGAGAGCUCUCGCGAUGUCGGCGAUACGUAUCUUGAGGGCGGUCUGGAUGCAGGCCCGGGACCGGUCGAAGCGGCAGCCGCCGACGACGACGACGAUGGCUUUGGUUUCACUUCAGGAAUCACUGGCGAAGAGCAGUCGGGCUACUGGAACAACCAGGCAGCAGAAGAGAUGUUCGAUGUCUGGGAGGAGGCCCAGCCGGAGGCCACUCCUACCAAGAGCCAAGUGACAUCGUCUCCGGAUGCUGCCAAGGAGGAGACCUUCGGGAUCACCAUGAGCGAGAUCGCCUCUCCUACUGCCAGCAAGGUCGGUACGCCCAAGUCUGCUGUCGGUAAGAAGAAGAAGGGCAAGAGCAAAAAGUCCAAGUACGAAGACAAGAAGCCGGGCGGUGGUGAUGAUGACCCCUUUGACGACCCCAUCUUAUGGGAGGGAGCGGAUAAGAAGCAUGUGAGUGAGAUUGCCAGCUUCGAGGUUGAGAAGUUCUGGGGCAGCGGUCCAGAGGCGUCGAAAGAUGUGCCUGCCGCGGUGGUAGACGAGGAGACAGUGGAGGACGCCGUGGUGGAGGACACUAUGGAGGGCGUAGCGAUUGCCCCGGUACUGGACACGAAGGAGAACGAGCCUGUCAGCAUUUCAUCACGGGCACUGCAACUCAAGGAGGCGGACGACAAUGACUACAAUGCCGAGAGCCCUGUGCUCGGCCGCGGCCCCUCACACGACGAGGCACUCGCGACGACGAGAUCGGUGGCCAAGGACGAACCCCAGCCUGUGGCAUCGGAGCUGGUUCGACAGAGCAUCGAGACAGACAUUGACGAGGCUGUCGACCGGGGGUUCGAGGCAGAGCAGCGCAGAGACUUCUCAGAAGCCACGCCAACAGACACUUACAUGCCGGCUUUCGAGCCGACGACGGACUUCCGACGGUCGGUCUCGCGAGGCCUGCCGCCCGUGCAAGAAGAGACGUACGACGAGGAGGAGACGGGCGAAGAGCGCGGGCGCGGGCGACAGAGCUUCACGGCAGCGACACCAGUAACGCCCGAGGUCAACCGAGACAGCGGCUUCAUGAGUGACUCUUCGCACCGGCGCUCUUCACGAAAGACCAAGGUCGUCGUCGAGCAAGACAACCGAGACAGCGGCGUGCAUCUACGAGAGGAUGAAGACGGUUCACGCGAUGUGGCACGCAGCCCCGAGCCCGGCUGGUCGACGCCCAAGAACCGUAGCAUUACGGUACCGGAGGAGAGCUCGUCCAGGAGACUCCGACGGUCGCCGCUGUCCAAGGGCGAGCUGCGCGAGCGGGACCAUCCCAUGACCAAGACACCAGUGCUGCGCGAGCCCAGCCCACGCGACGUCACGCCCGAGCCUUACAAGACGAGGCGCCACAAGUCACCGGAGCGCGGCGUCGGCGGCGACGACAACAAGAGGUCGAGAUACCGCGACCUGAGCGCGGGCACGUCGGACGCAGGCGCAACUCUCUCGCGUGCGUCGGCCUUGACGCCGACAGGCACAGCAGUGAGCCGACGAAGCGUCUCUGACCAUGUGACGCGCAUUCAAUCACCGGCGCUGGGACCGGAGAGCAGCAUGGUCAGCAGCUCUGUGGGUGGAGGGGCUCUGGCACGACGAUCAGCGUCCAACACCAGCCUCUCGCUUUCCACAUCGCGUCACAGAACGCACACGCCCGAGCCGCUCACGCUCCGGCCAGACAGUCCAGGCUCUGUCGUCUCUGCCUCAGGCAUCUUCAACCGUCAGGCAUCAGCCACACCGCCCUUGAGGCGGGUGGACAAGCGUGUGAGUGGAGACCUCCGAUCUCUUCGCCAACGCAGCGAGCUCGACCUGGCUGCAGCAUCUCCCGGCGGUAGCGCCAGUGGGAGCCCGAGGAGCUCUGGCACCAGCACGAGCCCCGCUGCAGGUGGUGCAGGUGGUGCUGGCGCAGCUGUGCUCGCCGUCGCCGGUGUGGCCGCCGCCGCCGCUGCUGCUGCUGCUGCUGGCGCUGCCUCGAGCUCUUCUUCCUCUCAGCCCAACAACAACAACAACUCCUCCACCGCCAAACCCAAACCUGACCACGACAAGACCAAGUCCAACACCCCCGUGGCCAACGAGGGCCGUGUCCGUUCCAAGGACAUGCCUGACGUCUAUGAUGGCUUCGGUGAGGGCCGUCUCGGCUCACCUAGAUCACCCACGAGACCUCACUCGAUGCGACGUCGCCAGAGCAUGCAGGUUCUCGAACUCGAAUCCCGUCUUGAGCAAUUGACCGCCGAAAACCGCAUGCUCGCCGAGGCCAACGCCAAUGCCGGCCACAACACGACGCGCUCUGCCAACCCAGCUGCCCUCGCGGAACGCGACGCCCAGAUCGACCAGCUCAAGCAGUCGCUCGACUUUCUGCAAAAAGAGGUCGCGCGAUUGACCGAAGUCAACGAUGGCCUCAACAGCGCCAACUCGCAAUUGGCGUCUCAGCACAACGAGACGUCGCGCGCUCUCGAGACGUCGCGGACCGCCUACGACAACUACGGCGACUCGCUGCACCAGAAAGAUGCCGAGAUUGAGCGCCUGCGCGCCGAGCUCGAGGCCGCUAAGGAGCAGGUCCGCGAGAUGCAGCGUCAGAUCCUCGCCACCAAGGGCGCCACUGGCGGCGACUUCCUGCGCAUCCAAGACGUCGACCACUUCGACCACCGCUGUCAGCAGCUCUGCUCCCACGCCCAGCAGUGGGUGCUUCGCUUCUCCAAGUUUUCCGACAUGCGCGCCUGCCGCCUGACCAACGAGAUCAAUGACGAAAAGGUCAUUGACCGCCUCGACAAUGCCGUCCUCGACGGCUCCGACGUCGACAGGUACCUCGCCGACCGCGUCAAGCGUCGCGACAUCUUCAUGUCCAUGACCAUGAACAUGAUCUGGGAGUUUGUCUUUACCCGCUACCUCUUCGGCAUGGACCGCGAGCAGCGCCAGAAGCUCAAGUCGCUCGAGAAGCUCCUCACCGACGUCGGCCCACCCCAGGCCGUCCGCCAGUGGCGCGCCGUCACCCUGACGCUCCUCGCCCGCCGCGCCAGCUUCAAGGAGCAGCGCGACCUCGACACCGAGGCCGUCGUCCAGGCCAUCAUCCACACCCUCUCCACCGUCCUGCCCCCGCCCUCCAACAUGGAGGCCCAGAUCCAGUCCCAGCUGCGCCGCGUCAUGCGCGAGGCCGUCGAUCUCUCCAUCGAGAUGCGCACCCAACGCGCCGAGUACAUGAUGCUGCCCCCACUGCAGCCCACCUACGACGAGAAUGGCGAGCUCGCCGAGACGGUCACCUUCAACGCCUCUCUCAUGAAUGAACGCAGCAGCGAUGGCUCCGUCUCCAACGAGGACCUCGAGUCCCAAUCCGCCGUCGUGCGCGUCGUUCUGUUCCCUCUCGUCGUCAAGAAGGGCGACGACACGGGCGACGGCGAUGAGGAAAUCGUCGUCUGCCCCGCCCAGGUUCUUGUCGCCCGCAACCACGACAAGCGCCGCUCCCUCUCGGGCAACGCCGGCCGUCUGCUGACGCCCUCAAGCGACGCCGGCGGGGCCGCCCUGUCCUACACGAACCGCAGCGACAUCAGCAUGCGCACCGACGGCACCUACAACCCGCAGCAGGCUCGCACCCCCGAGGCCGAGUACUUUGCCGGCGGCAUCUGA